GGGCCGGGACUCCCUGAUCCAGCCGCGGCGCGCAGCGCUCAGUGUGCCAGCGGAGCGCCACGCUGUCCGUCCGACACCGACGCAACCGGAUUUGGGGGAGAAGCUGAGUGGAUGACGGGAGCAUACGAGGGGUCCGCGCGGCAGAGGUGAGGACGAGGACGCGAUCUGCCUCUUCACCAUCUGUCCUUCAACGGAUCAAGUGCCUCGGUGCCGGCCACCAUCAGGCCCACUCAAGCGGGACGGGUGCCAAACAAAAGAAGUCUUCAGAAGACCUGUACCAAUCAAAUAUUUGAGGACAUUAUAUCUGAUUUCUCCGGGACAGCCGUCGCUGAAGACAUCAGCGUUGAGGAAUUUAUUUGGGCGACAGAAGAGAGAGAAGAAAACGUGGGGGAGGACAGGCCUGCUUUUUCUGCCGCCCUGUGGGCAGGGAGCAUCUCAUUUGGGAACGCUGUCAGACUUCCCUGUUCCCUGCCUGUUUGAAUUCCUGUAUAAAUGCUGGAUGGAGAUAUCAAUUUGUCUGGGCCCAACAAAGAGACUGUGAGCUAACUAUAAAAAAACAUCGAAGACGAACUUAAACUUUGUGGUCGUCUGAAUUACCGCUUCUCCGUCGUCCUUCAAGGAAGAUUUAAGAGCUGUGAGAAGAGGAAUGAAAGCGGUACUCCACUCUUAGAAACUUGUCCAAAGCCGACAUCAGCUCUCCGUGGGAGACCGGAAGCUGUAACUUAGUCCAGAAGCACCAGUUUGGAUGUCUUUCCCAGCCUGGUGAAGUAACAUGAAACCAUUAACACCCAUUGGGUCCCCUUCACCCCUGAGGCUCCUCAACAAGGGUCCGGACUACCUGCGCAGGCAGAUCGAUGGAGGAGGACAUGGCCGCUCCGUCAGCGCCGUGGAGAGACUGGAGGCCGAUAAAGCCAAAUAUGUCAAGAGCCAGCAGGUGAUCAACACCAAGCAAGAGCCGGUGCUCGUGCCUUGUGUGACGCCGCCACCGCAUCCACGGCGAGCCGUUUCGGUUCCCGGUAGCCUGACUCCUCGUCUUCCUCCACGCCGUUCUUCCAACACCCCGUUCUCCACUCUCUCCUUCACCUCAAAGGAUGAAAAUGAGAACGACGACGCGAGAAAGGAGAACAGGCGGACUUCUGUUGAUGUGGAGGCUCGCAACAGGAGCAACGUGAACAAUGUGGUGCCUCUAAGUAGGCGGACACCUGGAAUCAACAGCCUGGUGGCGCCGCACAGCGCCCCCGUGCUCAGGAGGAGCACAGGCAAACGCAUGCUCAGGCCAGACUCUCUGGUCAUUUACCGGCAAAAGAAAGAGUGCAAAAGCCCCAACGGCACUGUGGAGGGAGAAAACAACAACAUGGAGGUGAAGGGCUACAGCUUCGUACGCCGGUUGUUCCAGGGAUCCAUGAGAGAGAAGAGCAGUGGGGGUGAGAGCAGAAUCCAGAAGAUGGUGAUUGGUGAGGAGAAAGCACCGUUGCAGGAUGGUGACUCACGGAUGUCUUGGACCAAUGACAAAGAUGCUACAGAUGGAGGACCAAUGAGCAGAAGGUCUAGUAAAACUGACCAAGAACGAACCCCAGAGUCAAUCCAAAACCCGGAUUUUACCUGCACAGUGGAACAAACAAACAACAAGCUUACAAAUGGCACUGUGGACAGAGUCAACUCAGGUAUCACUGACGUUAAACACCAGGAUGAGCGUGACCCGUGGAAGCGAGCGUCCCCGCCACCAACUAGAAGGCGGUUCGGUGAGCUACAGCGCUCCAAAUCGGACUUGUUCCUGCGCUGCUCGGUAGCCCUAUCGGAGCAGGAGCAUUUCUUUGACUUUUGUGGGCUGGACAUGGACAUGAUAGAGCGUCUGGGUCGGGAUAAUUUCCUUUCCGGCGCCAGCUCUAUCGACACGCUCUCCCUGGCUCUCCGCAGCGUAGGUGGGGAUGGCUGUGGGGGCUCGGAGCCCAGUGAGUUCUCCCGCCACACAGGAGACGGACUGUUUCAGGACGAACUGGCCGAGCAGCCUCCCACCGGAGUGUCGAUCAUCGAGAGAAACGCUCGUGUCAUCAAGUGGCUUUAUGGGUGUAAAAACGCUGCUCAGGAAGGACCCAAAGAGUCAACAGUUUAGUACUAUGGGGAGGAUUGAUGUGCCAUGGAGUGCUACUAGUUUGCUUUUUUUUUUGUUUGUUUUUACUGCAAACCAGUGGUUAAGUGCACGUUUACCAACACACAGCUGUUUAGUGGAUUAUGCAGAUAUAAUUUAUGGUUUUGCAUGCCUACCAUUUGCGUAUUUUGAAAAUCAAAAGUAAAGUGACCAAAUUAUUAUCUUUUUUACGUUGUUGCUGCUAAUCCACUGAUGUUUUUCAACAGUAUGUUGGUGUAUCUCUUAAUAUCAAGAUUACUGGUUCAAUUUAGGCAUCCUGCAGGAGAACUGGCAGUCAUCCCAUCGCUACUACGUUAAACAGAUAACACUUGUCACACAAAAUAAAAAUAGACCACCCAGCAGAUUUUAUUUACAUUUAAAUUACAUGCUGUAACCCAAAUUACAGUAAUCUAGUAAGACGGAGAUGCACUUUAAAAUAACCUUCACGCCAUGCUUUUAUUCUGAAGCAGACCAAGUUGAGUUAGUCAAGCUUUUAUUUUUUAAAAGCUGCAUCCUUGGUUGUUUUCACUAGCAUUCCAUGGCACGCAAUCACCGUUAGUCUGUCUGAUGUAUUUAUAAAGUCUGUGACUCGUGUUGGUAUCUGUGAGGAUGAGUGUGUGAAUCAGACGUACUGCCCCUUUAAUCCCUAGCUUCUGUUCUGUUUUUGACAGAGCUGAAUCUGGACUGAUCUGAAGCUUCCCCUCCCCAUAACGAGGCACAUUCUUCUAUUUGGUGCGUUUGACACCAACACUCCUUUUAGACGACCAAUUUAAAAUCAAAACCACUAAGCUAUGAUCUUUGUGAACGGGGACUGUGUGAGUGUGAAGUGAACCACGAGUACCUCAUUUGAGUCUGUUCCAGUUUAGUUUCAGUGUUGAUGUUUUUUUAUGUUUUUGACUCCUUAAACGCAGGCGUUGUGGGGCACUCCUACGGGCUUGUUAAUGCACUGAACUGGACAGAAAUAUACAAAACAAAUUAGGAUACUUUACUGAGAUUCAUCUCAUGUUGCAUUUAACACUAAGCUGGAUUCAGAGGAACAUCCUGGACAACCAGGAGCCAUGUACGGAAGAGCAUUAGGGCCACUAAGAAGAAAAAUAAUUCUGACUUUAACUGUAGAAGUCUGAAUUUAAAGCCGUAGUAGCAAAAGGACAAAACAAUCUAGCUUUUAAACAAGGUCACAAAACUCUAACCUCUCCCGUUGGCUAUCAACCCUAGGCCACGUCCGCCUGAUACCAGAACCCGCAUUGCCAGAGGAUACGAGAAAGCGCUAAACACCUGUCGCCGUUUUUUAGGUCCAAACUUUGUUGUACACGACUUAUGGUGUUUUUCUUUUUGGGACUCAGGUAGUUCGUCCUAAAGUUGAAGUGGUAGCAGCCGGCUGUUUCUCCUUCUCUGAUGUUAUUGAGUGGAAAACCUCUCAUACCAGCGGUGUUCUGUUGCAAAAUGCAAAAGCGUGUAAUGAAAGAAGGACCCAGUUAAAUGCGGAAGUGCCGUGAUUCGGUGAGACAGAAACCCGGAUGGUCCAAUCGUUGGUUUUCAGACCAAGCCGCGUUAUCGGGGCAGGAUUUUAGACAAGUGCAGGAGGACAACUUUAUAAAUUUAUUUUUUUUACUUCCACAGUAUAUUUAUAGUUAAGCUAUGUUAGAUCGUCAAGAGGCAUGAAAAUUUUUUUAAGCUAGCUUGUUUUGCAGAUCCGUUAUUGUAGUUUUAAAGAGCAAGUCACCCCCAAAUCAACUUUUUUUUGCUGAUAAACUAUAUAAAUGUGUGUCUAAUUGUGCUGCAGACACGUGUGGUCACAUAAUUUGGACUGAGAAAGAUUUAUUUUUCCUUUUCAGUGGCCCUAAUCCUCUUCCGUAGAAUGCUGUUCAGUAUUUCACUUUUUUUAUCUGCUGUUGAAGGUUAGAAUUAUUUGUUUUCAUGUCUGAAAAAAAGUGACACUUGUGAAAGUUCACAAAACGUGGAUUGUUAAUGUUCAACCCUGUGAGCGUAAUACUGAACUUUAACCAGAACUCCACCCCAAGCUGUUAAAUGUUAAAGGGAGUCACCGUCGUCUGGCAGUUUACAGAUGUGUAACCUCCCCAGCUGACUCUUUAAAACAUGGAGAGGAGGCUGAACCUGAACCUGUCCUCCUCUCACUGAUAACCACAAAUCCUACCUCACUUCACCCGUUUUUCAUAUUUUAUCUCCAUGAAAGGUCAUUUCCGUUGCCCGGCCCUGCAGAUGCCACUGAAGUGUGCAGAGCCGAGGUCAUUUGGAGGUUGGAUAGGAAGGCCUUGAUGGCUGAGCCACAGUAUGUUUAUACUUGUCAUAAAUUAGCACACUAUAUCUGCAGCAUUUGCCAUUGUUUUUCGUGUCUGUUGUCAUGGGCAUGACACAUUUCUGAAGCAACCUCCACUUGGACUUUUAAAAAAUAUUUUUAGGUGCAUGUUUACCAAAUGUCUUCAUAACUUUUCAUUUUUGUUGCGUAUGAGUGAUUUAUAUUCCAAAGAGAUUUUGUGUAUGAUGUACACAUCAAAUAAAAACAAGUUGACAUCUGUG